AUGGCCACGGAUGCUGGAAUCUCCCGCUCGCGCCCGCGCAGUAGACGCCAGCACCUUUUCGCUAAAGAGAUUAGGUCGCUGAUGUACGCUUUCGGCGAUGACCAAGAGCCACUCCAAGAGAGUGUUAAUGUCCUUGAUGAGAUUGUCACUGACUACAUUGUCGAUAUGUGUCACGACGCAGCGCGCAUGGCCUCACAGGCUCGACGAAAUAAGAUCAAGGUCGACGACUUCAAGUUUGCUCUACGACGCGAUCCGAAGAAGUUGGGCCGUGUUGAGGAGCUUCUGGUCAUGGCGAAAGUUAUCGCCGAUGCCAGGAAGCAGUUUGACGAUAAACAGGACGUCGUGGAGGCUACUGCAGCAAAGUAA